UUCAAGUGUUCCUGCCCACACAUGGGAAGUCAGUUGCGCGGAGGUAAUGAAAAGACUCCAAGCCCCAGCGACGGUUCGCUGCUCUUUUUUUGCUCGGCGAGCAGGGGGAGUAGUCACAGCUGGAAGGAUAAUAAGAUGCGCAUGAAUUUACAAUCUGGAAUAAAAGAUAAGAGAAAAUAAAUGGACGGCUCGGUCAGUCUCGGCGCGCCUGUGUGUGAAAGUCAGCUUGGCAUUUAUUAUAUUUAGGCUACGACGCCGCGCUUUUGUGGGUGACUUCCAAAAAGUGCAGAAUAACAAAACUCCAGGCUCGGCUUUCCUCAGUUGAUGGAGUUCAAAAGUUUCUUCGGUCCCCUCCUCACAAUGGAAAGAAAAGCGCCCUUCGCCGACUGUGAAGGUUUCCUGUGGUCAGAGUGGAUUACUGACUUCAGUAAGGAGAAGGAACACCACUCCAGGAUAUGAAGUUUGUGGCAGUGAUUUUAGUGCAGAAGCCUGUGGAUUGUUCAGAGACUUUUUCUCCAUCACCUGCCCACUUACUUAAUGAGCGUGUGGUGUGUGAGCUCAGCAUUUCACGUUGCCGCUGGAAGAAACCCAAUGUCUGCCUCCUCUCCCACAUCCUUACCUCGAGCCUACCUCCACUCUCUCCAUCCGCACCACCCGUCCUCGUCGCCGAGCCCGCCAGGGCCGCUCUACACGCGGCUGUCCAACGGCAGUCACAGCGCCCCCAGCCCCACCGACUCCCGCAGCUCUUUCCAUGGGGUGUCCUUCCUGCUGCAGAUCGGACUGACCAGAGAGACGGUGAACCUGGAGGCCAGUGACCUGUCGCUGUCCGCUGUGAAGGACCUGGUGUGCUCCAUAGUGGACCAGAAGUUCCCGGAGUGUGGCUUCUUUGGCAUGUACGACAAAAUCCUGCUGUUCCGCCACGACUUAAAUGACGAGAACAUCCUGCAGAGGCUGACCUCGGCAGAAGACAUCCAUGAAGGAGACCUCAUUGAGGUGGUGCUCUCUGCUCAAGCAACGGUUGAAGACUUCCAAAUCCGGCCCCAUGCCCUUUUUGUCCACUCCUACAAGGCCCCCACCUUCUGCGACUACUGUGGCGAAAUGCUAUGGGGUCUGGUCCGGCAGGGGCUCAAAUGUGAAGGAUGUGGGCUAAACUACCACAAGCGCUGCGCCUUUAAGAUCCCAAAUAACUGUACUGGUGUCAGGAAGAGGCGACUGUCCAAUGUGUCACUACCUGUACCAUCCCUUUCUGUCCCCCGACCUGUACCUGCUGAGAAUGCCGUGGUCGUCCUGGAUGAGCAGAGGUCCCAUCAGGAGGCAGGGAAGCGGAUCCUAUCCUGGAGUGGCAGGCCUAUAUGGAUGGAGAAGAUGGUGCUUGGACGGGUUAAGGUGCCACACACUUUUGCCAUUCACACCUACACUCGGCCCACUAUCUGCCAGUACUGCAAGCGUCUGCUGAAGGGUCUCUUCCGCCAGGGCAUGCAGUGUAAAGAUUGCAGAUUCAACUGCCAUAAGCGAUGUGCUUCAAAGGUACCAAGAGACUGUUUAGGAGAGGUGGACUUCAAUGGAGAGCCAGCCAGCCCUGGGCCAGAUUCAGACACUACCAUGGAUACUAUGGAGGUGGACAGUGGUGAUAUGGAUGGCGGGAGAGGACUAGACGACCCAGAGGAACCCUCGACACCAGAUGAGAGGAUGUUCGACAUGGAUUCUCCCUUCUUGGAUAGAGAGAAAGACGAAGAGCCCAUCAAGACUAUUAGUCCUUCCACUAGCAGCAACAUCCCUCUGAUGCGGGUGGUCCAGUCCAUCAAACACACCAAGAGGCGGAGCUCCACUGUAGUAAAGGAGGGCUGGAUGGUUCAUUAUACAAGCAGGGACAACCUGCGGAAGAGACAUUACUGGAGGCUGGACAGCAAGAGUUUGAGUCUCUUCCAGAACGACACCGGAGCCAAGUUCUACAAAGAAAUCCCUCUGUCUGAGAUCCUCCAGGUAGAGCAGUGCAGAGACUACAGUAAUCUGGCCCAGGGCAGCAACCCUCACUGCUUCGAGAUCAUUACAGCAACAAUGGUCUACUAUGUAGGAGAGAACAACGGCAGUCACUACCACAGCCCCGCUUUGGCUGCCUCGGGAGUCGGCAUGGAGGUGGCCCAGGGCUGGGAGAAGGCCAUCAGACAGGCCCUGAUGCCCGUCACGCCCCAGCCCAGUGUGGCUAGUGCUGCUGGCCAGGGCAAAGAUCACAAAGAGCUGUCCAUCAGCAUAUCUGUGUCCAACUGCCAGAUCCAGGAGAAUGUGGACAUUGCCUCGGUGUACCAAAUAUUUUCUGAUGAGGUGCUGGGUUCAGGCCAGUUCGGCAUCGUGUAUGGAGGCAAACACAGAAAGAGCGGCAGGGAUGUGGCCAUCAAAGUUAUUGACAAGAUGAGAUUUCCUACCAAGCAGGAGAGCCAGCUAAGGAAUGAGGUGGCCAUAUUACAGAAUCUGCACCACCCAGGUAUCGUCAACUUGGAGUGUAUGUUUGAGACGCCAGAGCGGGUCUUUGUUGUCAUGGAGAAGCUACAUGGCGACAUGCUGGAGAUGAUCCUGUCCAGCGAGAAGAGCAAACUGCCUGAACGAAUCACCAAGUUCCUAGUCACCCAGAUCCUGGUGGCCUUGAGACAUCUGCACUUCAAAAACAUUGUUCACUGUGACUUGAAGCCUGAGAACGUACUACUGGCCUCUGCAGAGCCCUUUCCUCAGGUGAAGCUGUGUGACUUUGGCUUUGCCCGUAUCAUCGGGGAGAAGUCGUUCCGGCGGUCUGUAGUGGGGACUCCGGCUUACCUGGCUCCAGAGGUGCUGCGCAGCAAAGGCUACAACCGCUCCUUAGACAUGUGGUCAGUGGGAGUAAUUGUGUAUGUCAGCUUGAGCGGGACAUUCCCUUUUAAUGAAGACGAGGACAUAAACGAUCAGAUCCAGAAUGCUGCCUUCAUGUACCCACCUACGCCCUGGAAGGACAUCUCCACAGAGGCCACAGAUCUGAUCAACAAUCUUCUCCAAGUCAAGAUGAGGAAGAGGUACAGUGUGGACAAGUGCCUCAGCCAUCCCUGGUUACAGGACUAUCAGACGUGGCUGGACCUCAGGGAGUUUGAGACGCGGCGAGGUGAGCGCUAUAUCACCCACGAGAGCGACGACGCACGUUGGGAGGAGUACGCAGACGAGCACAGUCUCGUUUACCCAAAACACUUCAUCAUGGCUCCCAACCUGGACGACAUGGAAGAGGACCCCUAGUGGCACGGGGGACCUACUACACCACAUGUGUUGGGGACAAGGAUUGUCGCAGGGACUUUUUGCGUGAAGCUUUGGGAGCGGCGGAUUUUCCCUCCAGGACUGUUUGUUGUGGAAACAGAGAGAAGCCGAUCAGACGGAGAAUUACUCCUCAGAGGCUUUAAAAGUGGGAAAAACCUGACAGAAAUCGUCGCAUGAAGCACUGCUACAAGGAGCAGGCCGGUGGAGAUGCGUGCCCCAGAAACGCAUUAAAGAGAGAGAGAAGAGAGUUCUCUCCUCCUUUUUGCACAAUAUCAAAACAUUCCAUGGAUACGGUCAAGAAAAAUCACAAGCCAAAAUAUGCAAGGUGAACUCUAAACUUUAGUUAAUGUACAUACAGUUUGAUUGAUUCUGAGUAAUAAUAUGACUCUGUUCUUUAUGUGAGAGAGGAGAUCAGAGAGAGAUCUUACCCCAGGAGUAAAGGGCACUUGUCACAAGGGAUUUACAACCUGAGAAUCAAACAAACAAGUUUAUUCUCAUUUCUGAACUGUUUGUGAGACUGUCCUUUGGCAUGAAACUGGAACUAUCACAUGUAUUUGUAUGUUUUUUUUUAAUGUAUUUAGUAAUUGUGGUAGGUUAUUGCACUAUAUUACCACUGAAGAUAGCAACUGAAUAGAAACACUAUUCGCUGCUACAGAGAGCAAACAGCUUUCGAGUGUCCGUUCUAGGUGCAAAGUGUUAUUGAAUGAUAAUUAGUAGAAAGUUGAUGCAGCUCACACAGUAUUGGCUGCUGUGUCACAAAUUCCAGCAGGUAUUUUCAACCAACAUGCCGUUAGAGUAUGAUCUUUUUAGUGGCAGCUAAUAGUGUGUAAGUUUUAUCAACGUUCCCUUGGACAAAGUGACACACAGACCCUGACCAAACAUGUUAACAAAAACAAUGCAUUUCAAUGUUUCCAAAGUAUUUUUCUUAAUUAACAUUGUUCAUUUCUAAAGUGUUAAAAGACUAACUCAGAACUUUUACUAAAUGCAGUAAUGGAGCCAAUACCUCCGUUCAACAUGAGGUUAAAAUCAGAAAUGGACUCUAUGUUAGAGCAUCGUGUUUCUGUUCACCCUUUUCUGUAGUUUCACACUAUUUUUAAAUGGGACUCCAAUUCCGAAAUACAGUGCAGUCAGGAAGUAUUCAGACCCCCUUCAGUUUUCACAUUUUGGUAUUUCGCAGCAUUAUGCCUAAAUCAUUUAAAUCCCCCCCCCAAAUUAAUCUACACUCUACCCCAGAAGGACAAAGCAAAAAUAGAAUUUUAGAAUUUUUUGCAAAUUUAUUAAAAAGGGAAAAAAUGAAAUAUGACAUUGACAUAAGGAUUCAAACCCUUCACAGAGUACUUAAUUGAAGCACCUUUGGCAGGGAUUACUGCCUCGAGUCUUCUCAGGUAUGACGCCACAAGCUUUGCACACCUGGAUUUGGGGAUUUUCUGCCAGUCUUCUCUGUAGAUCCUCUCAAGCUCUGUCAGGUUGGAUGUGGACUGUCA